GGAAUUUUUUGAAGUGCAACCGGGUGUAACGUUUUCAUUGUGAUGGUGUGAGUGGGUUGUAGGGUGAAGUGUGGGCUUAUAUGUGUAAGUACGUAUAAAGGGAGGAGGACCAGAUAUGGCCUCCAAUAAUAUCGCAAAGCCAAUGCGGGUGCCCAAGUGUGCCAGAUGCCGGAAUCAUGGUAUGAUAUCUACACUGAGAGGACACAAGAAGCAAUGCAUCUACAAAAACUGCACAUGCAAAAAAUGCGGACUUAUAAAAGAACGCCAAAGGAUUAUGGCAGCUCAGGCAGCAGAAGAUGCAAUAGCACUGCACUUAGCGUCCGCAGAAAACGGAACCACCUACGAAUACUUACCGCCAGGUCGAAUUUUCGGGAUGCAAGUGACGUCUCCGGAACCGGACAGCUGUAAAAGCAACUCGGAAAUACCUCCAGAUAAUGGCCAAGAAGAAAUCAACGUCAGCCCAGCCAGCAUAGAUAUGCUCGCAAAGCUAUUCCCCAACAAGAAACGCGCAGUGUUGGAGUUGGUGUUGAAGAGAUGUAACCAUGAUCUUCUCAAAGCCAUAGAACACUUUAACAGUAAGCAAGCCAGCGAAGACGCAUCGCAUUCGUCUUCAGAAGAACCAAGUUCAGCUUUCAAGCCCGUGGGUAGUGCGGUGAAGAUGUCCAAGCCAUACGUGGUUCCACAUACGAAUACUUUUUCAUUAAUACCAAAUAGUUUGUACCCUUUUUGGCCGCUGUUCAAUCCAGCUCAGUUCAAUUCGAGUCCUGUGCUUCCUAGCCCGUUCCUCGUGCAAGGUUUGUGUGAGUGUGAGCAAUGUAAAGAAGUUGGGAAUACUAGGCCAGGCUGA